AUGAACAAAAUUCUAUCAAUUCUUUGUCUGAUACUUUUCGUUUCUGCUUCAUUAGCUAAGCAGAAAUCAGCCACAGAACAAGCAGUUGACGCUGCCGCUGAGUUGAAAGAUAAAGUUGUCGAAACAGUAAAAGAAGCAUACGAUGCCGCUGCACCAAAAGUUGUCGAAGGUGCUGAAGCACUCAAAGACAAGACUGUCGAUGGUGCCGCAUUUGUCAAACAAAAGGUUGGUGAAGCAUACGAAAACAUCGCUCCGAAAGUCGUAGACGGUGCCGAAUACGUUAAAGACAAAGCUGUCGACAGUGCUACUUUCGUAAAAGAUAAAGCUACCGAAGCAUUCGACAAUCUCGCACCAAAAGUUGUCGAAGGUGCUGAAGCACUCAAAGACAAGACUGUCGAUGGUGCCGCAUUUGUCAAACAAAAAGUUGGUGAAGCAUAUGAAAACAUCGCUCCUAAAGUCGUAGACGGUGCCGAAUACGUUAAAGACAAAGCUGUUGACAGUGCUACUUUCGUAAAAGAUAAAGCUACCGAAGCAUUCGACAAUCUUGCACCAAAAGUUGUCGAAGGUGCUGAAGCACUCAAAGACAAGACUGUCGAUGGUGCCGCAUUUGUCAAACAAAAAGUUGGUGAAGCAUAUGAAAACAUCGCUCCUAAAGUAGCAGAAGGUACUGAGUUUGUCAAAGAUAAGGCCGCCGAAGCGUUGGAUGCAAUUAAACCAGCUGUCGAUGGAGCUUUUGAUACAAUUAAACCUAAAGUGGAACAAGCUUAUGAAACUGGAAGCAAACUCGCCGGUGAAUAUGCUGAAGUUGCCAAAGACAAAUUAGCUAAAGUUGCCGAAGAUGUCAAAGCUUCAGCUCAACACUUCGCUGACGAUGCAGUUAAAGCUGCUGAACAAUACGCAAAAGAUGGUGUUAAGCGAGGUGAAAAACUACGCGAUGACGCUAUCGAACUUGGCAAAGAAAAAGCUAACGAAGCACUCAAAGCUGCUCAACAAGCUGGCGCUGAUGCAUAUGAAGCUUCACUUGAAACAGCAGCUGGUUUACCAAAGAAAGGCCGAAAAUUAGCUGAACAAACCGUUGAAUUAAGUCGAGAUAAAGCCAAUGAAGCUUUGAAAGCUGGUCGUCAUGCAGGCGCAGAUGCUCUUGAAGCUGCUCAAAACUAUGUUAAAGAAUCACGAAAGCAAGCCGCGAAAAAAGCGAAAGAAACAGCUGAAGAAGCCAGUGAAGUCGCACAGAAAAAGAAACGACAAGCUACUGAAUUAUAA